AUGAGUGAACAAAGUCAAUUGGAUGAUCCCACCAUAGACAAGCUAAUUCCGGAAAUAUUCAAUGAGAUGAGAUCUAAUCUCAAUAAGACAACCAGUAAAUCACCUAAGAGCAAGGGUAUUAAAGCUACCAAUGAUGUUUUGGCUACCAAUAACUCUAUCAGACCAUUCAAUUCAAUUACAACUCAGUCUUUGUUAAAAGAAUCGGAAUCACUAGAUAAAAUAACAGCAAUGAUACGAAACGUUACGGAUGCAUUAAAAAAAAAUUUACCAGUAUACGUUGGUCAAGUACACGAGGUAUGCAAAUCUACGAAUUCCAUAUUGGAUUCAUGGAUCAACAUUCAUUCUCAAGCUGGCUACAUCCAUAAAUUGAUGAGCGAUCAAACAUAUCUAAAACUAAUUAACGACAAAUUAAAGAGUGAAGAUACCAAUAUAAAUGAUGAAGAUGGAAGUACGUUACAUAAAAUGAUUGCAUUGAAAAAAAAGGAGGUGUUGGAUUUAAGACAAAAAUUGGAAAAUAAGAAAGGAGAGAAGGACGACGUACCAAGCAAGUCACCGAUUCAAGGAAUAAAUCCAAGAUACAGACCACAACCCGGAAGAAGGCCUAUUACCUCUACUGGAAGUGGAAAUAGCAGUCGGGUAAGAAAGCCGCCACAAGUUCCUGCUUCAAAGAGGCCUAGCAGUAUACCAAGAGUUACUAGCAGGUGGACUAAACCCACUGCUAGUAGCUCAAGGAAGAUGUUUCGCUAA